UCUGCCCGGCUCGGUACUCGCGGCCGGAAGGGAGGGGGCGGAGCCUGUGUCGCGGGAACUCGCUCCCGAAGUCUCGCGGGAUCCCGUCGCGAGCGGCAGGCAGGGAUUUCUCGCGGGAUCUGCCUGCUGGGCUGAGGCUCGGGGGCUGCUGUUAAGAUGGCGGCGGCGGGAGGCGACUGGGCCUGGCACUGACCCCGCGCCCGGAGCAGGCCCUCAGUAAGUCUGGUGGAAGUGGAUCAGAGUGACCGCGAAAACUGGAAGGUGUUUCCCUUGGCCGGCUGGGGCGAAGUGUGAGUGCCGGAUUAGUGAUUCGGAUAGCAGACCGGGCCGAGCAUGGACUGGCUGUGAUUCCAGGAUCAGAACGUUGAAAAGAAUAAAAAAUGAAAGUGGACCGAACGAAACUGAAGAAAACCCCCACGGAGGCUCCUGCCGACUGCAGGGCCUUGAUUGACAAGCUCAAAGUCUGCAACGAUGAGCAGCUGCUGCUGGAACUGCAGCAGAUCAAGACAUGGAACAUCGGGAAGUGCGAGCUGUACCACUGGGUGGAUCUCCUGGACCGCUUUGAUGGCAUCCUGGCCGAUGCCGGGCAGACGGUGGAGAACAUGCUGUGGAUGCUGGUGUGCGACCGGCCAGAGCGGGAGCAGCUCAAGGCCCUGCUGCUGGCCGUGCUCAACUUCACUGCCCUGCUCAUAGAGUACAGCUUCUCCCGGCACCUCUACAGCUCCAUCGAGCACCUGACCACGUUGCUGGCUUCCUCGGACAUGCAGGUGGUGCUGGCCGUGCUGAACCUGCUCUACGUCUUCAGCAAACGCUCCAACUACAUCACGCGCCUGGGCUCCGACAAGCGGGCGCCCCUGCUGUCCCGGCUGCAGCACCUGGCCGAGAGCUGGGGGGGCAAGGAAAACGGCUUUGGACUGGCCGGGUGUUGUAGAGACUUGCACAUGGUGAAAUACCCACCUAGUGCCACCACGCUGCACUUUGAGUUCUAUGCAGAUCUGGGCACCGAGGUCAAAGUGGAUAAAAGGACGACCAGCAACACGCUGCAUUACAUCCACAUAGAACAACUGGACAAGAUUUCAGAAAGUCCCUCCGAGAUCAUGGAAUCCCUCACCAAGAUGUACAACAUCCCUAAGGACAAGCAGAUGCUGCUCUUCACACACAUCCGCCUGGCGCAUGGCUUCUCCAACCACAGAAAGCGGCUGCAGGCUGUCCAGGCCCGGCUGCAUGCUAUCUCCAUACUAGUGUACUCCAAUGCCCUUCAGGAGUCAGCCAGCAGCAUCCUGUACAACGGGCUGAUAGAGGAGCUGGUGGACGUGCUGCAGAUAACGGACAAACAGCUCAUGGACAUCAAGGCAGCCUCCUUGAGAACCCUCACUUCCAUCGUGCACUUGGAGCGGACCCCGAAACUCAGCAGCAUCAUCGACUGCACGGGAACUGCCUCCUACCAUGGCUUCCUGCCGGUCCUGGUGCGCAACUGCAUCCAGGCCAUGAUCGACCCGACCAUGGAGCCGUACCCUCACCAGUUUGCCACAGCCCUCUUCUCCUUCCUCUACCACCUGGCCAGCUACGACGCGGGCGGGGAAGCGCUGGUCUCCUGCGGCAUGAUGGAGGCCUUACUGAAGGUGAUCAAGUUCCUGGGGGAUGAACAGGACCAGAUCACCUUCGUGACCCGGGCGGUCCGCGUGGUGGAUCUCAUCACCAACCUGGACAUGGCGGCCUUCCAGUCCCACAGUGGCCUCUCCAUCUUCAUCUACCGGCUAGAGCAUGAGGUAGACCUGUGCCGCCGGGAGUGCCCCUUCGUCAUAAAGCCAAAGAUCCAGAGGCCACCCACCGCCCCCCUCCAGGAAGGGGAGGAGAUGGAGACGGACAUGGAAGUAUCGGACGUGGCCAUGGAGAGCAGCCCGGGCCCCUCGACCUCAGCGGAGCCCCGGCCGGAAGUGGCAGCAGUGGUGGUGGCGGAAGCGAGGACGCCAAGCGCCGUUGCCCCCAGCUGCAGCACCAGUGGCACGACCAGUGCCAUUGUCGCCCCCCGGAGCGGCGUGCAGUGUAUCCCGCAGCGAGCCGCCCUGCUCAAAUCCAUGCUCAACUUCCUAAAGAAAGCCAUCCAGGACCCCGCCUUCUCGGACGGCAUUCGCCACGUGAUGGAUGGCUCCUUGCCUACCUCUCUGAAGCACGUCAUCAGCAACGCAGAGUACUACGGCCCGUCUCUCUUCCUGCUCGCCACCGAAGUGGUGACAGUCUUCGUGUUCCAGGAGCCCUCCCUGCUCUCCUCGCUGCAGGACAACGGGCUGACAGACGUCAUGCUACACGCCCUCCUCAUCAAAGACGUGAGCCCGGCGACACGGGAAGUCCUGGCCUCUCCCAACGUGUUCAGCGCCCUGUGUGGUGGACGAGUCAAAAUGAGGCAACAAGCCAACGUCAGACGGACUGCCACCACCACCAUCUUCUCCCCACCGCAGCUGCUGGAGGAGAUCUGCAACCUGGGCCGGGACCCCAAGUACAUCUGCCAGAAGCCCUCCAUCCAGAAGGCCGACGGCACAGCCACAGCCCCGCCGCCCCGCUCCACCCAUGCAGCUGAGGAGGCCUCCAGCGAAGACGAGGAGGAGGAGGAGGUGCAGGCCAUGCAGAGCUUCAGUGCCACCCAGCAGAGCGAGGCGGAGCCCAGCCAGCAGGUGGUUGGAACGGAGGAGCGAAUCCCCAUCCCCCUCAUGGACUAUAUCCUCAACGUGAUGAAAUUUGUGGAGUCCAUCCUCAGCAACAACACCACAGAUGACCACUGUCAGGAGUUCGUCAGCCAGAAGGGGCUGCUGCCCCUGGUCACCAUCCUGGGCCUGCCCAACCUGCCCAUUGACUUCCCCACCUCGGCUGCCUGCCAGGCCGUGGCGGGCGUCUGCAAAUCCAUCUUGACGCUCUCCCACGAGCCCAAGGUGCUGCAGGAGGGGCUGCUGCAGCUUGACUCAAUCCUCUCUUCCCUGGAGCCCCUGCACCGGCCCAUUGAGGCUCCGGGUGGCUCCGUGCUGCUGCGGGAGCUGGCCUGCGCGGGCAACGUAGCUGACGCCACCCUUUCGGCCCAGGCCACGCCGCUGCUCCACGCACUGACAGCUGCCCACGCCUACAUCAUGAUGUUCGUCCACACCUGCCGGGUGGGCCAGAGCGAGAUCCGGGCCAUCUCGGUGAACCAGUGGGGCUCCCACCUGGGCCUGAGCGUUCUCAGCAAGCUGAGUCAGCUGUACUGCUCCCUGGUGUGGGAGAGCACAGUCCUGCUGUCCCUCUGCACUCCCAACAGCUUGCCGACAGGCUGUGAGUUCGGCCAGGCCGACAUGCAGAAGCUGGUGCCCAAGGAGGAGAAAGCGGCACCCAACGCCCCCCAGGGAGCCAAGAAAGCAGAAGGUGAAGUGGAGGCAGUCACAGGGGGGAGUGUGGAGCCCCCGGCCCAGGGCCUACUGGAGGGGAUCGGCCUGGACGGAGACACGCUGGCCCCCAUGGAGACGGACGAGCCCAGCACUGCCGACGCCAAGGGCAAGGCCAAGAUCACACCAGCCAUGGCGGCCAGGAUCAAGCAGAUCAAACCCCUCCUGUCGGCCUCGUCCCGGCUGGGCCGCGCUCUGGCCGAGCUGUUUGGGCUGCUGGUGAAGCUGUGCGUGGGCUCCCCGGUGCGCCAGAGACGGAGCCACCACGCUGCCAGCACCACCACCGCCCCCACGCCGGCCGCCCGGUCCACUGCCUCAGCUCUCACCAAGCUGCUGACCAAGGGGCUCUCCUGGCAGCCCCCGCCCUACACCCCCACGCCGCGCUUCCGGCUGACGUUCUUCAUCUGCUCCGUGGGGUUCACGUCGCCCAUGCUGUUCGACGAGCGCAAGUACCCCUACCACCUCAUGCUGCAGAAAUUCCUCUGCUCCGGUGGCCACAACGCCCUCUUUGAGACCUUCAACUGGGCCCUCUCCAUGGGGGGCAAGGUCCCCGUGGCCGAGGGGCUGGAGCACCCAGACCUGCCGGAUGGGACGGGGGAGUUCCUGGACGCCUGGCUCAUGCUGGUGGAGAAGAUGGUGAACCCCAGCACGGUGCUGGAGUCGCCCCACGCUCUGCCCGCCAAGCUGCCGGGCGGGCAGAACUACCCGCAGUUCAGCGCCCUGCGCUUCCUGGUGGUCACCCAGAAGGCGGCCUUCACCUGCAUCAAGAACCUGUGGAACCGCAAGCCGCUGAAGGUGUAUGGGGGGCGCAUGGCAGAGUCCAUGCUGGCUAUCCUGUGCCACAUCCUGCGGGGCGAGCCCCUCAUCCGCGAACGCCUGGGCAAGGAGAAGGAGGGGGCACGUGGGGAGGAGGAGGCAGGGCAGGAGGAGGGCGGAGCCCGGCGGGAGCCCCAGGUCAACCAGCAGCAGCUGCAGCAGGGCUGGCCCAGUGGCCUCCAGCCACCUCAGAAUGAGCCCCUGGGCUCUGGUCCUCCGGCUCUUCUCCCCCCCACCCCGCCCAUGCUCUGCCCAGCAGGCCCCACUGACCCCGGCUCCCUCUGCGCUGCCAGCCUGGCUGGUGAAUUACCCGCGGCGCAGGAAGCCUGUGGGGGUAGCACAGCCUGGUGCCAACUGCCCUCUUUCUGGGGCCUGGUGUCCGGGGGCUGGUUUGUCGUCGCUUCGGGACCAUUCAAAGUGGGGCUUGUCCCUCCAGCAGGGGGUGAUGCUGUCCGGAGGGGGGCGGGGGGCUUAUCCGGUGGCCCUGCCCCACAUCUCUUGUUCCUCCUGCAGGAGCUGAAGCUGCCGUGUGCCCACGUGGUGGAGUCGAGCGGUGUCCUUAACGUACUGAUCAAGCUGCUGGAGGUGGUGCAGCCCUGCCUCCAGGCCGCCAAGGAGCAGAAGGAGGUGCAGACCCCCAAGUGGAUCACGCCAGUGCUGCUGCUCAUUGACUUCUACGAGAAGACGGCCAUCUCGUCCAAGAGACGAGCCCAGAUGAACAAGUAUCUCCAGGCCAACGGGAACAACUGGCGCUGGUUUGACGACCGCUCCGGCCGCUGGUGCAGCUACAGCGCCAGCAACAACAGCACCAUCGACACGGCCUGGAAGGCAGGCGAAACCAGCGUGCGCUUCACCGCCGGCCGCCGGCGCUACACGGUGCAGUUCACCACCAUGGUGCAGGUGAAUGAGGAGACGGGUAACCGGCGCCCGGUAAUGCUGACACUGCUGCGGGUGCCCCGGCUCGGGAAGGGAGCCAAGGAGGGCAAUGGGCAGGAGCUGGAGAAGACCCUGGAGGAGGCCAAAGAAACGGAGGGCAAAGCCAAGGAGGAGAAGGCAAAUGAGGCCCCUGCCCCCACGGAGCCCCUGGCCCCCGAGAAGGAGGUGGCCCCUGAGGAGCCGAAGGCGGCCGAGAUCCUGAUCGAGGGGCUGACGGAGGAGAUGGUGACGGUGCUGAUCCGGGCCUGCGUGAGCAUGCUGGGGGUGCCGGUGGACCCCGACACGCUGCACGCCACCCUGCGCCUCUGCCUGCGCCUGACACGCCACCACAAGUACGCCCUGAUGUUCGCUGAGCUCCGCAGCACCCGCAUGAUCCUCAGCCUGACCCAGAGCUCCGGCUUCAACGGCUUCACGCCCCUCGUCACCCUGCUCUUCCGGCACGUCAUCGAGGAGCCCUGCACCCUGCGCCACACCAUGGAGAAGGUUGUGCGCUCGGCGGCCACGAGCGGCGCGGGCAGCACCACCUCCGGGGUGGUGUCGGGCAGCUUGGGCUCCCGUGAGAUCAACUACAUCCUGCGCGUGCUGGGCCCGGCCGCCUGCCGCAACCCCGAGAUCUUCACCGAGGUGGCCAACGGCUGCAUCCGCAUCGCCCUGCCCGCACCCCGCGGCUCGGGCACCGCAUCGGACGACGAGUUCGAGAACCUGCGGAUCAAGGGCCCCAACGCGGUGCAGCUGGUGAAGACAACGCCGGUGAAGCCGUCGGCUCUGCCUGUCAUCCCCGACCCCAUCAAGGAGGUGAUCUAUGACAUGCUGAACGCGCUGGCUGCCUACCACGCCCCCGACGAAGCUGAGAAGAGCGAGGCCAAGCCGGGCUCAGCCAGCCAGGAGGUGAGCCAGCUGCUGUCGGACGUGGGCGACGACGUGUACCAGCAGUACCGCUCCCUCACCCGCCAGGGCAGUGACUUCGACUCGCAGAGCGGCUUCGCCAUCACCGCCCAGGUGUUCGGCGCAGAUGGAGCAGCCGCCGAGACGCCGCCGUCUGGGACCCCCCAGGGAGAAGCCUCUACCCCUGAGGAGUCGCGGGAGGGCCGGAAGGACAAGGAGGGAGACAAGGCGACGGAGGAGGGCAAGCAGAAGGCCAAGGGCAGCAAGCCGCUCAUGCCCACCUCCACCAUCCUGCGCCUGCUGGCCGAGCUGGUGCGCUCCUAUGUGGGCAUCGCCACGCUCAUUGCCAACUACAGCUAUACCGUGGGCCAGUCCGAGCUCAUCAAGGAGGAUUGCAGUGUGUUGGCCUUUGUCCUGGACCAUCUGCUGCCCCACACCCAGAACGCAGAGGACAAGGACACCCCCGCGCUGGCCCGUCUCUUCCUCGCCAGCCUGGCUGCAGCGGGCAGCGGCACGGAUGCCCAGGUGGCGCUGGUGAACGAGGUGAAGGCUGCAUUGGGCCGGGCGUUGGCCAUGGCAGAGAGCACGGAGAAACAUGCCAGGCUGCAGGCCGUGAUGUGCAUCAUCAGCACCAUCAUGGAGUCCUGCCCCUCCACCUCCAGCUUCUACAGCAGCGCGGCUGCCAAGACGCAGCACAACGGCAUGAACAACAUCAUCCGCCUCUUCCUCAAGAAGGGGCUGGUCAGUGACCUGGCGCGGGUCCCCCACAGCCUCGACCUCUCCAGCCCCAACAUGGCCAACACAGUGAAUGCGGCGCUGAAGCCCCUGGAGACGCUGUCGCGCAUCGUCAACCAGCCCAGCAGCCUCUUUGGCAGCAAGAGCACGGCCAGCAAGAGCAAAGCAGAGGGCGAGGCGCAGGGCGCUGCCCGCGACACCAACAGCAACCAGCAGGACGUGGGGGAACCGGGUGAGGCAGGUGCCCAGGAGGACCACGACGCGGGCCAGGCGGAGGUGGCGGACGGCGACAUCAUGGAUGGGGAGGCGGAGGGCGACACAGUGGUGAUCGCUGGGCAGCCCGAGGUGCUCAGCACUCAGGAGAUGCAGGUGGAGAACGAGCUGGAGGACCUGAUAGACGAGCUGCUGGAACGGGAUGGCGGCCCUGGGAAUGGCACCAUCAUCGUGAGCCGCAGUGGGGAGGACGAUGCCCCGGAGGACGUGCUGAUGGACGAGGCCCCCUCCAACCUGAGUCAAGGCUCCACACUCCAGGCCAACCGGGAAGACUCGAUGAACAUCCUGGACCCCGAAGACGAGGAGGAGCACACGCAGGAGGAAGACAGCAGCGGCAGUAAUGAGGACGAGGAUGACAGUCAGGAUGAGGAGGAGGAGGAAGAGGAGGAAGACGAAGAUGAUCAGGACGACGAGGAGGGCGAGGAAGGGGAGGAGGAGGAGGAGGACGACGAUGGCUCGGAGAUGGAGCUGGACGAGGAUUACCCCGACAUGAACGCCUCGCCCCUGGUGCGCUUCGAGCGCUUUGACCGCGAGGACGACCUCAUCAUCGAGUUCGACAACAUGUUCUCCAGUGCCACGGAUAUCCCCCCCUCCCCAGGAAACAUCCCGGCCACCCACCCGCUCAUGGUGCGGCACGCGGACCACGGCUCCCUGACCCUCGGCAGCGGCUCCUCCACCACUCGCCUGGCCCAGGGCAUUGGGCGGAGCCAGCGGACGCUGCGCCAGCUGACAGCCAACACGGGCCACACCAUCCACGUGCACUACCCUGGCACGCGGCAGCCCAACCCCCCCCUCAUCCUGCAGAGGUUGCUGGGUCCCUCGGCCGCGGCCGACAUCCUCCAGCUAAGCAGCAGCCUCCCGCUGCAAAGCCGGGGCCGCGCCCGCCUCCUGGUGGGGAACGACGACGUCCACAUCAUCGCCCGCUCCGACGACGAGCUGCUGGAUGACUUCUUCCACGACCAGAGCACAGCCACCAGCCAGGCAGGGACCCUCUCCAGCAUCCCCACCGCCCUGACACGCUGGACUGAGGAGUGCAAGGUGCUGGACGCGGAGAGCAUGCACGACUGCGUCUCAGUGGUGAAGGUUCCCAUCGUUAACCACCUGGAGGCGCUGCGGGACGAGGAGCUGGAGGAGCGCCGGGAGAAGCGCCGCAAGCAGCUGGCCGAGGAGGAGGCCAAAGCCACGGACAAAGCCAAGGAGGAGAAGGACGGGAAGGAGCAGAGUGCCCAGGGGGCGGUGCCCACACCUAACACCGCCAUCGAGCAGAGUCUCUCAGAUGCAGCUGGCCAGACCGACGGUUUCCCCGCCGCCCUGCCCGCUGCUGAGGGCCCCUCUGCCAGCCCCAAGCAGACGCUGGUCACCCUGGAGACCCCACAGCCGGCAGCGGCGGGUGGGGAGCUGCCCCCAGAGCUCUCCGGGCAGCCCAGCACCGAGGCCUCGCGCCAGCUGCUGGUGCCAGCCGAGCAGGAGGACUCAGGGCCGGGUAGGCCCAGUGCCGAUGCGGAGGCCACCCAGAUGGAACUGUCACCUGCCCCCACCAUCACCUCGCUGUCCCCAGAGAGGGCAGAGGACUCGGAUGCCCUGACAGCCGUUAGCAGCCAGCUGGAGGGCUCGCCCAUGGACACCUGCAGCCUGGAGGAGGGCGUCGGGGAGGGCACCAUGCCUGGCGGGGCGGAGCAGCCUCUUGCCCAUGGUGCCCCCGGGGCUGAGCCAGCCCAGCAGCGUCCCGAGGGCCAGGCCAGUGGCGACAGCCUGGCCGAUGCCAGCCAGCAAGGGGAGGACAGCUCACCCCCUGCUUCGUCCUCCGAGAGCUCCUCUACCAGGGACUCGGCCGUGGCCAUCUCCGGAGCCGACUCCCGGGGCAUCCUGGAGGAGCCACUGCCCUCCACCAGCAGCGAAGAGGAGGACCCACUAGCAGGGAUAAACCUCCCUGAGGGCGUGGACCCCUCCUUCCUGGCUGCCCUGCCAGAUGACAUCCGGCGUGAGGUGCUGCAGAACCAGUUGGGCAUCCGGCCGCCAGCUCGGCCUCCCCCCACCGCUACCACCCCCACCCCGCCUGUGGUGAGCAACCCUGGGGUGACGGAGGUCAGCCCCGAGUUCCUGGCUGCCCUGCCCCCUGCCAUCCAGGAGGAGGUGCUGGCGCAGCAGCGGGUGGAGCAGCAGCGGCGGGAGCUGGCACAGGGCAUCAGCUCGGACACACCCAUGGACCCAGUGACGUUUAUCCAGACGCUGCCCUCGGACCUGCGGCGCUCGGUGCUGGAGGACAUGGAGGACAGCGUGCUGGCCGUCAUGCCGCCCGACAUUGCCGCCGAGGCCCAGGCCCUGCGCCGCGAGCAGGAGGCCCGGCAGCGCCAGCUCAUGCAUGAGCGGCUCUUCGGGCACUCCAGCACCUCGGCCCUGUCAGCCAUCCUGCGCAGCCCAGCCCUCACACAGCCGCUGAGUGGAACCGUGGGCCAGUACACGCCCUGCUCGUGCAGAUGGGGGCACCUCCACAUGGGCGGUAGCAGCAGCCACAACAGGCCGUCGGGCAGCACGGUGGACAGCCUCCUGCGGCUGCGGGGCCGGCUCCUGCUGGACCACGAGGCGCUCUCCUGCCUGCUGGUGCUGCUCUUCGUGGACGAGCCCAAGCUGAACACCAGCCGGCUGCACCGGGUGCUGCGCAACCUCUGCUACCACGGCCAGACGCGGGGCUGGGUGAUCCGCAGCCUGCUGUCCAUCCUGCAGCGCAGCAGCGAGAGCGAGCCCUGCCUGGAGACACCCAAGGGGCCGCCGGACGAGCGGGGCAAGCGGGCCGCCAAGGCCGGGGCCCCCGAGGGCCGCCCGCUGGAGCUGCUGCACAAGAUGGAGGCCCGCAGCUCGGGCCAGCUCUCCUGGCUCUCCGUCUCCAUGGACGCUGCCCUGGGCUGCCGCACCAACAUCUUCCAGAUCCAGCGGGCCGGCGGGCGCAAGCACACUGAGAAGCACGCUGCCGGCACUCCCGCCGGCGCCGCCGUCCACAUCCACCCACAGGCCGCCCCUGUGGUCUGUCGCCAUGUGCUGGACACCCUCAUUCAGCUGGCCAAGGUGUUCCCCAGCCACUUCACGCAGCAGCGGCCCAAGGAGGCGCCCUGCGAGGGGGAGCGGGGAGCCAGGCAGUCGGGCAGCCCGGGCCAGGCCAGCGGCAUCUCCACCGACUUCUGGGACUUGCUGGUCAAACUGGACAACAUGAACGUGAGCCGCAAGGGCAAGAACUCGGUCAAGUCGGUGCCCGUGAGCGUGGGCGCUGAGGGCGAGAGCUCCCCCUACAGCCUGGAGGCCUCGCCGCUGGGCCAGCUCAUGAACAUGCUCUCGCACCCCGUCAUCCGGCGCAGCUCACUGCUGACCGAGAAGCUGCUGCGCUUGCUCUCGCUCAUCUCCAUCGCCCUGCCCGAGAACAAGGCGCCCGAGGGGCAGGGCGCUGCCCCCACCCCGACCGCGCCCUCCGCCGGGUCCACCGCCCCCACCCCUGCCCCCACUGUGCCAGCUCCCACCAAGGGCAGCAAAUCUCCGGCCAAGGCUGGCGAAGCAGGCGGUGGCGGGACAGACACCAAGAUGGUGGCGUCAGGCCUGACGGAAAACCAGCUGCAGCUGUCGGUAGAGGUGCUGACGUCUCACUCCUGCUCAGAGGAGGGACUGGAGGACGCAGCCAACGUCCUGCUCCAGCUGUCGCGGGGCGACUCGCCCACCCGGGACACGGUGCUCCGGCUCCUGCUCAGCGGUGCCCGCCAGCUCGGCUACACCCUCUGCAAGCAGAUCGGCACCUUGCUGGCGGAGCUGCGCGAGUACAACCUGGAGCAGCAGCGGCGGGCGCAGUGCGAGCUCAUCUCCCCCCCGGCAGGUAGCUCCGGUCUGGGCUCAGCUAGCAGCAUCCAGGCCGCUGUCCGGCAGCUGGAGGCUGAGGCUGACGCCAUUAUACAAAUGGUACGUGAGGGGCAGCGGGCGCGGCGGCAGCAGCAAGCAGCAACGUCCGAAUCAAGCCAGUCGGAAGGGUCUGUUCGGAGGGACGAGUCGCCCAUGGACGUCGAUCAGCCCUCGCCCGUCACGCAGGACGCCCAAUCGGUUGGUUCUGAAGGAUCCCAGCUCGGGGAGAAGGACGAGCGCCCCCCGGAUCUGCCCCUCCUUAGCGAGCAGCUGAACCUGGACGAGCUCUGGGCCAUGCUGGGCGAGUGCUUGAAGGAGCUGGAGGAGUCCCAUGACCAGCACGCUGUGCUAGUGCUGCAGCCGGCGGUGGAAGCCUUCUUCCUGGUGCACGCCACAGAGCGGGAGAGCAAGCCCCCGGUGCGGGCACACGCGCGGAGAGGCCAUUCUGGCGCCACCAUCAAGUACGAGCCCACCCCUGUCACCAGCCCAACCUCAACCCCGCACCGCCCUCCUCGCUGGACCCUUCUUCUCCUCGAGCCUCUCCAUGCACUCUCCUCCCAGCCUCCCCCCGACACCCAGAAGUUUCUGCGCUUCGCAAAGACCCACCGCCGAUUCAUGAACCGAUUCCUGCGCCAGUCCACCCAACCUGGCCGAACGGGCCCUUCGAACAGUCCUGGAUCGACUACAUCCGUAUGCUGGACUUUGACGUCACAGCAGCAAGUACUUCCGCCGGCAGUGGGCGUCUGGACGCGGGGGGCCUGCGGGGGGCUGGAUGGGGCAGAGGGUUGGGCGGCGCUGGCUGGGAAUGGAGCCCCCCAUCACUCGCUGCCCCCCCUCACCCCCCAGGUGCAGGAGUUCGGGGUGUGUGAGGUGCGGGACCUCAAGCCCAACGGGGCCAAUAUCCUGGUGACGGAGGAGAACAAGAAGGAAUACGUGCACCUGGUCUGCCAGAUGCGGAUGACGGGAGCCAUCCGCAAGCAACUGGCUGCCUUCUUGGAGGGUUUCUACGAGAUCAUCCCCAAGCGCCUCAUCUCCAUCUUCACGGAGCAGGAGCUGGAGCUUCUCAUCUCGGGGCUGCCCACCAUUGACAUUGAUGACCUCAAAUCCAACACUGAGUACCACAAGUACCAGUCCAACUCCAUCCAGAUCCAGUGGUUCUGGCGAGCCCUGCGCUCCUUUGACCAGGCGGACCGAGCCAAGUUCCUGCAGUUCGUGACAGGCACCUCCAAGGUCCCCCUGCAGGGCUUCGCCGCCCUGGAGGGCAUGAACGGCAUCCAGAAAUUCCAGAUCCACCGGGACGACCGCUCCACCGACAGAUUGCCUUCUGCUCACACGUGUUUCAAUCAGCUGGACCUUCCCGCCUACGAGAGCUACGAGAAGCUACGUCACAUGCUGCUACUGGCCAUCCAGGAGUGCUCAGAGGGCUUCGGCCUGGCCUGAGCCGGGCACCCCGCCUCCACGGCUCUUUUGUACUGAGGCAGACUCGGGGGACAGGAAGGGGCGCGUGGGAGGAGGGGCCAAGCCAUGGGGGUGGGGCUCAGUGAAUCUCCACCCCCUCCCUUUCCGAGGUGGCGGCCCCUUCCCACCACACACACGCGCCCCCCCACGCAUCCGGAGAGAAGACAAAUGAUAUAUAUAUAAAUAUAUAUAUAUUUUUUUUGGUUUAGUUUGCAUUUCUUCAGUUGUGCUUGGAAUGUGUUGCCGUGAGCCGGACAGACGAGACAACGAUACAAUCUGCUUUGGUUUCUCAAUCCUUCCCCUUGCCCCAGCCCCCUUCUGCCCCCGCCCUCACCCUGUUGGGCCCCUGUGGAGGGGGAGGGGAAAACAAGGGGGGGAGACACCCUGAGGUUUAAAAAA